ACUCCUAGGUCACUGACAUGCCCUGAUGGUGGGCAGUGUGUGGGCAGCUCUGGGGCUUUCCCUCACCUGCAUCUCAGCUGUCAGCCUCGUCUCCCCUGCCUGGUUCCAGACCACCACCUUCUCCUUCGGUGUCCUCGCCUACUGCUCCUGGCCUCAGGGUGACAGCUGGAACCAGAGCUGUGGGAACUUCCAGUCCCUGGAUGAUAUUCCUGACUUCGCCUGGAAGGUUUCAGCUGCAAUGCUCCUUGGAGGCUGGCUCCUAUUGGCUUUCAGUGCAAUUCUCCUCCUGUCCUGGGCCCUUGCCCCCAAAGGACUGUGCCCAUGGAGGGGCAGUGGUCCAGUGCCAGCGGUACAGGCAGCAGCAGCCAUCGCCACCAUCAUGGGCCUGCUGGUUUUCCCCAUCAGCUUGGCCUCGCCGUUCGCCAAGGAAGCCUGCGUAGCCUCCUCCAUGUACCACGGUGGUCAGUGCCAGGUAGGCUGGGGCUAUGUGACCGCCAUCCUCAACGCAGUCCUGGCCAGCCUCCUGCCCGUGAUCAGGCGGCCCCACGUGACUGAGGUCCAGCGGAGGACCAUCUUCUUCUCCAGUGACACUGAGAGCAUCAUCCUUGUGCCAGAAAUGACCAAAUGAAAAUAUCUCAGGAGGAGAAAAAGAGCCCAGGCUAGAGUUGUAUGAAAUCACCACACACCCAGGUUCAAAUCCCACCUCUGCUGCUUGGUUGCCGUGUGGCCUCAGGCAAAUCGCCUCAUCUCUCUGGACCUCAGUGUAUAACUUCUGUAAAAUGGGGCAGGGGAGGGGGUUGAAAUAAUGCCUAUCUCGGAGGGCAGUUAUGAGAAUUAAGAUGCUGUGUAUAAAUAAAGCCCUUAGCAUAUGUUAGGCAAACUUUAGCUAUUAUUAUUGUAAUCCUGACCCCCGAGGAGGAUUGUGGUGAGCAUAAACCUAUUCAUGAAAAGUGCCUGGGGGCAAUUCUGGAUCCACGGUCAUCACUCAGAUACUAUACCUUUCAAUGGGUAUAUGCAUAUUCUCUCUCUCUUCCCUUCAGUUCUAUAACUCCUCCUCUUGGUGAAUCUGGAAAGUGUUCAUUUUCCCCUCAAUG